UGACACAGAACGCCGCACAAGGAGACGACCUCGUCGGCUGCCAUGAUCCACAGCCAGCCCAUAUGAGUGAUAAAGAUAAGCGUGUGGCCAAUAAAGAGCGAGAUGGCAAUGGGACCCCCGAACCACGCCCCCCGCGCCCCAGUUUCUUUAAAAGACUGCGAAGGGUGUUUAAGAGACGCAAACGUCCAAAAAGAACAGAAAAGCGGGACGACUAUGUUAAUGUGGAUCCUGCUGACAUCGUAACCAAUCACAUCUCCAAGUCUGGAAAACGCUUGUCGAUAUCUGGUCCUAGGGCAGUUGAACCGAAACCUCCCCCAAACACACUGCAGGCGAUCGAAUCUGCCCCCCUUACAAUCGAGGCGCCUCCCCUGGCGUAUGUUUGUAGUCCGGUAGAACCUAAUCAAGUGGAGCAGGUUCAGACAGAGUCUGUUGAGGCUGCAUGUGAAAAGCCUUUUACCCUUGAGUCUGCCCUGCCUGAUCCUGAUCUGAAAGAAGGCGAGGUCAUUGUGAGGCAUAGCGGAAAGACUGGGGAUACAGGAAAUCUCAGUGACGACUCGGAUGAAGACGUCUGUGCAACAUAUGUACCCAUGGGGAAGCCUCUCCGGGGACUUAGAAAAAGUAAGACUUUUAGUGAAGGGGUGCUGACAAAACCACGCAUUUGUACCCUUCAGUAUACAAGCUACACACCCACAGCAUCCCGACCAUUCAUGGACACCUCAAAACAGGAGGAAGAGCGUCGAUCCAUAACUUACCAGACCAGUGCAAUAGAGGUUGUUGAAGAUGAAACAGAAGAGGAUGAUAAUACUCACCUAGAACUUUUCAAGGCAUUUAACGAGUCUUCUCGUCAAGAUGUGACAAAGAGCGUAUACAUGAAUUUCGAUACGAAUCUUAAGGUCGGCCAGCGACGAGGAUUUCCUCCUAAUUCCACAGACCUCAAAUUCGAGAGAUCCUCCGAUGACCUGUUCAAAUCGGGAUGGUGGAAGUCAGCCCAGUCUCUACACGAUGCACACGAGGAGCUGGAGACGAAGCAUGAUGCUGCAGCUAAGGUCGUUCCAGACUGUGACCUAUACGUCCGUAUGGCGGGACAGUCGAGCGGACCCCCGGGAUGUCGACCACCCCCAGGGAACUCGAGGAGGAGCAGAAGCUUAACCAUGCCAAAUGUCUUUGCGUCAGAACUUGAGGACACUGUUUCCGAUGAUCUGCCUAAGCUUACGUUAUGGUGCCCCCAGAGUCAAUCAGGUGAACGGAAUUCCGGCUCCACUAUAAAGUUCAACACUUGUCCACGGCCAUGUUCUGUAGCUCAGUACGUUAAUUUCAAAGGCAGUAUCCCCCCUAAAUAAGGUCCUGGAUGAACACUCUUCCAAGACAUUAAUAUUCAUUGAUACUGAAUAUUCUGUAUUUGAUAUUAAACAAUGAGGGUUUGUUUAUUUACCAGAUCCACAAUCCACGUCAAUAGUAUAGGGAUCCUUGGAUCGUACUACCCAACUUGUUGCUCUAAUAGUUGAAAUUAACGCGAGCUUGAAUUAAAUGCGAAAAAUGCGA